AUGGGCUGCAAAAUUCGAGUCACGGCGUUGGCUCUUCUUCUACUCGCGCUUUUAGCGGCGCCGGGGUUCGUAACGCCGGGAUCCGCGAGGUCCCUCGCUCCGCGCCGCAGUCUUGCUCUUAAAGCCCAAUCACUUCUAAAGGCAACAGCAAUCAGACCAGUUUUGAUAACUGCUGAUUUGGGCGACGGCAAUGAAGUUGAUUUGGGCGGCAGCAGUGGCGGAGAUCUGGGCGGCGACAUUGGCGGAGAUUUGGGCAGCGACAUUGGCGGAGAUUUGGGCAGCGACAUUGGCGGAGACUUGGGCGGCGGCGGCGACGGCGGAGACUUGGGCGGCGGCGAAGGCGGAGACUUGGGCGGCGGCGAAGGCGGAGACUUGGGCGGCGGCGGAGGCGGAGACUUGGGCGGCGGCGGAGGCGGAGACUUGGGCGGCGGCGAAGGCGGAGACUUGGGCGGCGGCGGAGGCGGAGACUUGGGCGGCGGCGGAGGCGGAAACUUGGGCGGCGGCGAAGGCGGAGACUUGGACGGCGGCGAUGGCGGAGACUUGGGCGGCGGCGAAGGCGGAGGCUUGGGCGGCAGUGAUGGCGGAGAUUUGGGUGGCGGAGAUUUUGAGCAGGGCGGUCCUGGCGGCGAGCAGGGCGGUCCUGGCGGCGAGCAGGGCGGUCCUGGUGGCGAGCAGGGCGGUCCUGGCGGCGAGCAGGGUGGUCCUGGCGGCGAGCAGGGCGGAUCUGGCGGGAAGCUGGGCGGACCUGGCGGGAAGCAGGGCGGAGCUGGCGGGAAGCAGGGCGGAGCAGGCGGGAAGCAGGGCGGAGCCGGCGGGAAGCAGGGCGGAGCUGGCGGGAAGCAGGGCGGAGCUGGCGGGAAGCAGGGCGGAGCUGGCGGGAAGCAGGGCGGACCUGGCGGGAAGCAGGGCGGACCUGGCGGGAAGCAGGGCGGACCUGGCGAGAAGCAGGGAGGUCCUGGCGGGAAGCAGGGGGGUCCUGGCGGGAAGCAGGGGGGUCCUGGCGGGAAGCAGGGGGGUCCUGGCGGGAAGCAGGAGGGUCCUGGCGGAGAGCAGGGUGGUCCUGGCGGCGAGGAGGGGGGACCUGGCGGAGAGCAGGGCGGUCCUGGCGGCGAGCAGGGGGGAUCUGGCGGCGAGCAGGGGGGACCUGGCGGCGAGCAGGGGGGAUCUGGCGGCGAGCAGGGGGGAUCUGGCGGCGAGCAGGACGGACCUGGUGGGGAGCAGGGUGGACCUGGCGGAAAAAGUGGAGGCGGAAAGGCCGGAAAGGGCGGAAAGGGAGGGAAGGGCGGAAAGGGGGGUAAGGGGGGUAAGGGGGGAAAGGAUGGAUCUGGCGGGAAAAGUGGUCCCGGCGGAAAGAGCGGAUCUGGCGGGAAGCAGGGCGGUGCUGGCGGAGAGCAGGGGGGUGCUGGCGGUGAGCAGGGGGGUGCUGGCGGAGAGCAGGGGGGUGCUGGCGGAGAGCAGGGGGGUGCUGGCGGAGAGCAGGGGGGUGCUGGUGGGGAGCAGGGGGGUGCUGGUGGGGAGCAGGGGGGUGCUGGCGGGGAGCAGGGGGGUGCUGGCGGGGAGCAGGGGGGUGCUGGCGGGGAGCAGGGGGGUGCUGGCGGGGAGCAGGGGGGUUCAGGCGGGGAGCAGGGGGGUGCUGGCGGAGAGCAGAGUGGAUCUGGUGGGACCGCUAAUCCUCAGCUUGCAGGUAGCAAUUCGGGCUCAAAGAGUAAUGCCAAGGGUGGCAAGGGGGGACAGGGGGGGAAGGGCGGCAAGGGGGGGAAGGGCGGCAAGGGCGGAAAAGGGGGGAAGGGUGGCAAGGGAGGAAAGAAGUGA